AUGGCUGUUGGUACUGAAGCGUUACAUGAUGGUAUUGAUCUGACAAAUUUAGCUUCCACCACUGAAUUCUUUCCAGAUAUUUCUCAAUUUGAAGAUGAGAUAGAAGAAGAGCAAGAUAACAUAAUAACAAUUCCAGAUUCUAUCCUUAGACAGCUUGGGUUAUUUCAAAGUAAACUAGAAGCUAUUGAAUCAUCAUCAUUUGGUAGACGUAAGACGGGUACAUCUUCAUUAUUUUCAUUUCGGGCAUCUUUAAUAUUUGCAUUAGCCAAUGAAUGUUUUGGUUAUAAUGGUUGGUCCAGUCGUGUUAUUGAAUGUGGUAUGACAUUCAGUGAUUUUGAUGAGACUAAUGGCAAAUUCUCAGCUUCAUAUUCAGCCUUAGUGCGGGUCACUUUGGGUGAUGGUACCUAUGUUGAUGAAUACGGCUAUGGAGAUGGGAAGAAUUUACCUUAUAAAUAUAUGUGCUAUAGUGUAGCUACAAAACAAGCUAUUACGGAUGCAAAGAAGAAUGCUAUUAUACGAUUACGUGAGGUGUUAAUUGAAUAUGAAAUGGCUAAAUUAGAUGCUCAAUUAAAGUCAGAUUUUGUCAAAAACAGAUAUUGA